AUGCCUCUCAGCCAGAUGAUGCGCGCGCUGGUAAUUUCGCUAGGCUUGAUCGGGCGCCCCCUGCUGCCGUGCGAGGGCAUCGUCUUGCGCGGGGAGCCUUCCAGCGACUGCCUGGACGCCGUGCCUGGGGGCACCUGCCACAAGUUCGUGAUGUGGGCCCUCGACGAAGGCAUCGAGAAACACCCGGAUUGGUUCCCGUCGUUCAAGCUUUCGGAUUCGGACCAGCAGAAUUUCAAGCAGGUGCAGGAGAUUCUGCACAGGCACGGCAAGGGUAGUUGUGGCAAGCCGUGCUUCACCGUCACGUCGCCGCCCAGUGCAGGUGUUCUGCAGCCUGCCGCCUUCGAGAUCCAGGAGGCGCCCGACGCCGAGGCACACGGGACUCCGCCUGAGGCUUCCGCUGCCGUUGUUGAGGAGACGAAGCCAGAGGCGGCACCAGCAACGCGCACUCAAGAUGCGGAGCCGGCUGAGGCUGCGUCGGCCCCAGCUCCAGCAGCUCAGGAGGCCGCGCCAGCCGCGCUCGCAGCUGAGAGGGCAGAACUGGAGGGCGCCUCGGUAACGUUCCCUGAAGAGGCGAGGCCCGCUAAUGCCACUGCGUCAGCAGCCCAGGGGAAUCUAGCCCGAUCCAAUUUGAUCGGUGAUCUACAAACGGAGGUCAAGGCACUGCUGGCCAUGAAGGACUCCCCGUCGUUGGAGAUGUUGCGAGCGGAAAAGCGCCAGCUGAUCCACAACCUGCAUACCGCUGACAAGUUGGAGGCAGAACUCAAGGCGCGGCACAUCCAAAACCAGCAAACGCUGUACAAAUUGGAGGCUGAACUCAAGGCGCUGGAUGCCAUGGACACCACCCCAGCCGCGGAGAUCUUGCGCGCAGAAAAGCGCAAGCAGAUCGAGAAACUUCAGACAGCCGACAAGUCGGACUCGGAGCAGACGGCGCGGGAGCUCCAGCGUCUGCAGGAUCCUGCGGCCGCCGCAGAGGAGGCGUCAGCGGUCGCGCCCGCAGAAGAUGUGUGGCCCACUCUCCCUCAGGCAGAUGAGCGGCCGCCCCGGUCCGAGGAGAUCGACAAGUUGGAGUCGGAGCUCAAGGCGAUGGACCAGCUUCACGUCUCUCCAGCGCUGGUGAAGCUGCGCGAGGAAACACGCCAACGGAUCGAACACCUGCGGGUAGCGGACAAGCUGGAGGCAGACUUCAGGUCGCGGCAGCUCCGGACCCUGCGGGAGGUUGGCAAGCUAGAGGCAGAUCUCAAGGCGCUAGAGGCCAUGGACGAUACCCCAGCCUUGCAGACUCUGAUCGCAGAAAAGCGCACGCUGCUCAACAAUGUUCAGGAAGCUGGCAAGUUGGAUACAGAGCGAACGAUGCAGGAGCUCCAGCAUCUUCAGGAUCCAGCGACGGCCGCAAAAAGUUCAGCAACAUCCGCGCCCGCGGCCAUCUCCGAAGCUGAGCCCGCGUCUGCAGGCCGCAAGCCGUGGUGGCAAGAGGCGAAGACAUUGGCGCAAAGGCGAUGGCGCGAGGUGAAGACCAAGGCGAAGGUGGAGGUCGGGACUCUGGGAGCCGCAGAAGGGGUCAAGCCAGAGUCCGCACCAGAGGUCCAACGUUCGACCGAUGCUGAGGCCGAGGCAGCGCCAUCUGAGGCUCUUGCGGCCGCUGCGGAGGUAGCGAAGCCAGAGACCGUAUCAGCAGUGCCCGCUGAAGAGGCGACGCCCAGCUUCGGCGGUUGCUUGAAGCAUGUGCCCGGAGACCGUUGCCACGAGUUCGUGACGUGGGCACUCGGCAGCGGCCUCCAGCAGCACCCAGACUGGUUCCCGUCGUUCAGGCGGACGGCCUCGGAGGAGCAGGAUUUCAAGCGGAUGCAGGAGUUCUUGCACAGCAGAGGCAAGGUUGGGUGCCGCAAGCCUUGCUGA